AUGGCGGCGGCAGGUCCCUCCGUGCCCGCGGGCCACAGAAGGCUGACCGGUAUGGAGACAGAGACGCUCCUCUCAAGCAAGCAGAUGUCUCUCCCGGAGGUCGGAGUCUUCCUGACGCCGCCGUCCACCCCGGCGGUGAAGCAGGAGCCGCCGGCGGGCCCGGGUGCCGACUGCUCCCGCGGGGAGGACGGGCUGGUGCCGGUGCCUGCCCACCAGCCGUGCCGCCAGGGGAAGUCACGGUCCUGCCACCACGGCUCGACGGGCCCGCCGCCGGAGACCUUGCAGUACCAGGACGGGUACGACGUCUACUACAGCCCCGAGCGCACGGAAUCCCCGCCGUCGGUCUUCACCUUCCCCUCGCCCGAGAGCCCUCGUCCGGACUACCCGGCCCCUCCCGCCACGCUACCCGAACAGUACUACAGCACCCAGGCCGCGUCCCCGACUCCCGAACAUUACUACACCGGGCAGACCCCGUCCCCGGCUCCGGUAGGGGACGGCCUGCCGCCCGAGCAGCGGCCGCUGACGCCUCGGUACGUCGACGCGACGGAAAACCCCAGCUUUGCGCCAGCCGACGCACAACAGACCAGCGACACCGACACCACGCCGAUGACCGUGUACGAAGUCUACUGCAACGGCGACUUCAGAUCCUGGGACCAGAGUGACAACAGCAAUAGUUUAGUUGGAACAGCAGGUGUGUUUGGGAGCUACCACGGCCCCUCCAUGUCGCCUGUAGAGCCGACAUCGCCGGCGCAGUCUCCGCCGUGCCCCGGCCCCCCGGCCCCGUGCUACCCCGCUGCCUACACGGCACAGGCCCCGGGAAACUCUCCCUCAGCCGUACCGUCUCCUCCGGGGAGCGCGCCCGCUCACUUCCCCCGUGACCGCGCGAGUCCUGACCCCGGCCAGACUUUUGACUUCCCCGCGCCCUACUCCGUUCCACAUGAGGCGGCCGCGGACACCCUCAGGCAUCAGCGGGAGGCGAUGGGCAUUCCUCCGCCCGCCGGACCGAAGCAGCCCGAUCUCUCCGAGCAGCAGCUCGAUCGGUUUCUCCGGCAGACGCGGCGGGAGUUUGCGGACUUGCUGGCGGAGGACCCCGGGGCCGACCGCCGGGGGAUGCCGUGCCACCCUGGCGGGAUGGAGCUGCCCGGCUCCCCGAGACAGCACCCGCCGCAGCCCGGUCUGACGGACAGGGACCUGGAGGAGGUGCAGACCCUCAUCAUGCAGGAAGUCAGCAGAGACAUCGAGGUCGCCUUCAAAGUGGUGCAGGUGCCCAGAGACCCGCGGACGUGGAGCCACACUGACGUGGCUCGGUGGCUGCGCUGGACGGCUGACCAGUACCGAUUGCCCAACGUGUACCUGGAGUGUUUCCCUAACUCCGACCCUAACCCUAACUUCAACCCUAACUCCAACUCUAACCCUCACUCCAACCCUAACUCCAACCCGCGGACGUGGAGCCACACGGACGUGGCUCGGUGGCUGCGCUGGACGGCUGACCAGUACCGACUGCCCAACGUGUACCUGGAGUGUUUCCCUAACUCCGACCCUAACCCUAACUCCAACCCUGACCCCAGCCCUAACCCUAACCCUUACCCCAACCCGCGGACGUGGAGCCACACGGACGUGGCUCGGUGGCUGCGCUGGACGGCUGACCAGUACCGCCUGCCUAACGUGUACCUUGAGUGUUCCCCUAACUCCAGCCCUAACCCUAACCCCGGCCCUAACUCCAACCCUAACCCCAGCCCUAACCCUAACUCCAACCCCAACUCCAACCCUAACUCCAGCUCUAACCCUCCCAUGUUUCUGUCCCGUAGACCCGCGGACGUGGAGCCACACGGACACCCGCGGACGUGGAGUCACACUGACGUAGCUCGGUGGCUGCGCUGGACGGCUGACCAGUACCGACUGCCUAACGUGUACCUGGAGUGUUUUCCUAACUCCAACCCUAACUCCAACCCUAAACCUAACCCUAACUCCAACCCUAACCCUCCAUGGGUCUGUCCCGAAGACCCGCGGACGUGGAGCCCCACUGGCGUGGCUCGGUGGCUGCGUUGGACGGCUGACCAGUACCGGCUGCCCAACGGGACCUGGAGUGGUUCCCGCUGGACGGAAGCGAACUUUUUGAACCCGCCAAGUCCAGGAGGCCGGAGCACUGUAUGUACCAUUAACAAGAAACCAAUGUCGUACUCUAACCACUACGUGCCGAACUGUUCACCAUACCCCGUACAAGACGCCCUGCCUCCGACGGAAAAAGCAGUCCAUCUAUGGCAGUUUUUGAGGGAACUUCUCUCCCAACCCGAGUCUUACAGCAGGUUUAUACGCUGGAUGGACAGAGGAAAAGGUAUCUUUAAGAUCGAGGACUCUGUGCAGGUAGCCCGGCUGUGGGGGAUCCGGAAGUCCCGUCCCGCCAUGAACUAUGACAAGCUGUCCCGCUCCAUCCGCCAGUACUACAAGAAGGGCAUCAUCCGCAAACCCGACCAGGCGCAGAGGCUCGUCUACCAGUUCGUCAAGAACUAGACACGUACACGAUGGACUGUAUUAAAGUCCCCCUUUCCACCAGAUAGAGUUCGUCGAGCAACCUUACAGCGAUCGUUAGAAACUCCUAAACCCGGACUCACAUGUGUGCAGAGGCUC